AUGAUGCCGCGUGUUAUUCAAGGCGAGGCUUUAACUAGCCUUCCGGGGAUGAACCCUAACACUCAACCGAAUCCCAACACCGAACCGGCCGAACCCGUUCAGGGUGGGGAGAAUGUGAACGUGAACCCCGCAUCCGUUCCGCGUACCGAUGAAACUUCGCGCACCCUGGUUGCGCUAAUGAAGCAAAAGAACGGUAAGCUUUCUCGAUGUGCUGAUGGUGGUCCGCACCAGCUAGUGCUAUGCGUUAUGGGAAAGAAAUCCGGAGCUUAUCCGUGUAUCGACGGAGGUCCGCAUCUCAUCGUAACAUUUACGUCGAGGGAGGAUCUUAUGUCGUUUAAAAAUGCUAAGACAUGUCUGCAGAAUAGAUCCAGGAUUGUGAAGAAAACUAUCUAUCCACGUCUUCAUGGAGGGAUACAUAAGCCACCAAGGAAUGUGAGGAAGGUAGAGCAUGGUCCAUCCUCGCCACGUGCUGAAAGACGUGUAUGGGAGACCGUCAAGGUUGUGAAAAGGAAGGUGAAGAGAGGCGCAUCACCUGUAUUUGAUUAUGUUGGUGUGCCUCAGCCAGAUGGAAAUAUGGCGAAGGAGGAGGAACCUGAUCCAGUUCCACUUGCUUCUGGAGGUCCUCCCUCUUAUCUAUCCAAAUAUGUGGAGGGGGAUGAGGAAAAGUGGUCAGAAGACGCCAAAUUCGAGAAAUCAGAAAUCGAAAAUGCAGCGAAGAAGGAAGAACCAGCUCAAGAGGAGGUGGUUGCAAAAGUCGAGGUAGACCAGGACGACUUCAAGAAGUUCGAGAUGGACAAGGACGACUUCAACAAGUUCGAGAUGGAUCAGGACGACGUCAAGAAGGUCGAGGUGGACGAGGACGACCUCAAAAAGGUCGAGGUGGACGAGGACGACCUCAAGAAGAUCGAGGUGAACCAUCAAGACGAUGCAAAGAUCAAGGUAGACGAGGAAGACGUUGCAAAGAUCAAGGAGGAAGACGUCGCAAAGGUCAAGGUAGACGAGGAUGCCGUUGCAAAGGACGAGAUUUGCCAGGAAGACAAUGAGAAGAUCAAGGAAGACGAGGAUGCCGUUCCAAUGGUCGAGACUUGCCAGGAAGACGUUGCCAAGAUCGAGAUAAUCGAGGAACAUGUUGUAAAGAUCGAGGUGGAUCAUGUAGACAUUGUAAAGGUUGAGGUUGACCAGAACACCGCUGCAAAACUCGAGGAGAAUCAGGAUAUUGUCGUAAAAAUGGAGACUGACAAUAAUGCUCUUCUGGAGAAUAUGGCUAAUAAGCCGAUCUGGAUGAUUGGACCGGAUGGACUGCUGAGAAAAGUCACCCCAAGCGGAAUAGUUCUGAGACCUCCCAAACCGAAACGCCUGCAGCCAAUCAUAUACUAUCCUGAACCGAAAAGAAGAAAGACUAUCAGAAGAAAGAAACGUACUAUUGUGAAAAUCGAGCCGAAAGAGGAGAUAGCUGUGAAGACCGAGGACGUUGACAAUUCGGUGUUGGAUUUCUGUCAGGAAGUAAUUAUGCUUGGAAAGGACUAUCGUUGGGGAAAUCGUAAAUACCGUAAUGUGUACAAAAAGGAAGAGCCGAUCAAGGAAGAAGUUGUGGUGAAAGUCGAGUCGGAUGAAAGCGUUGGGAUUACGGCUGAGGAUUAUUCGGAUAAACCAAUGAUUGUGCUUGGAGAGACUGGAGGCGUGAUCAAAGUGACGUCCACUGGGAUGGCUCUGAGACCCAGGAAGGGAAAAGAACAGCCAGCGCCUUGCUGCAGCUGCCCUGUAGCUAAGAAGGUUCGUAGAAUGUACAAAGUGGACACAUGGGAUCCGAUCGAGAUUGUGGUGGAGAAGAAGUGUUUCACUUCGAUGAGAGGACGCUGUGUUUGGGCACCAAAAACAUAUUCUCUGUAG